UCAUUGAGUGGGAGAUCGAGCAGGGCCUCCUGAGCUCAGCACAAGGGGACCAGGGAGCUACCAUCUUCCUGAGAGAUGUACAGGACCUCAGUAAACACAUUUUGGACGAUUGUUCUCUGAAGAUGGUGGAUCGGCUGCCGGAUGGCUGCCUGGACACCGGAGCCCAGAGUCUUCUCAGUGGCCUUAAGGAACGCAUACUGGAUGCUCAGCCUGGAGCCCUAAAGUCCCACCGCCUGCCCUGGAGCCGUGACCGGGUCAAUCCCAAGAAUAAGGCUCAUGCCCGCUACCUGAAGGAGCUGAGUGAGCAGUUUGUGGCCAGGACCAACCAUCAGGUCCUGGAGCAGCUUCGAGAGCUGGAGUCAGCCAGACAGGAGCUGGGCUGGCUCUACCAGGAGAUCCGCCACCACCUGUGGCGGGGUACAGAGUCCACCAGCAUCUUCUGUGGCCACCAGGAGCUCCUGGCCCAGCUGGGGCAGCGGCUCAGACAGGAUGACAGCCGGCCCCAUACUCCGCUGGUUCUCUUCGGGCCACCGGGCAUCGGGAAGACGUCCCUCAUGUGCAAGCUAGCCGAGCAGGUACCAAGGCUUCUUGGCCACAAGACGGUGGCCGUCCUGAGGCUGUUGGGGACAUCAAAGAUGAGCCUGGAUGCCCGAAGCCUCCUCAGGAGCGUGUCCUUUCAGCUGUGCCUGGCCUACGGGCUGCCACUGCCGCCAACCCAGGUCCUGGAGGUCCACGCCAGGGUGGGCCACUUCUUCCACACCCUCCUCCACACUGUGUCUCGGAGGAACUUUGAGUCCCUGGUGCUGCUCCUGGACGCAGUUGAUGAUCUAGAUUCCACGUGCCGUUCUCGGAGGCUCUCCUGGCUGCCCCUCAAGUGUCCCCCAAAGGUACAUCUCAUCCUCUCUACAUGCUCAGGCCAGCAGGUGUUGCACACCCUGCAGCAGACCCUCAAGGACCCCAGCGCCUACUGGGAGGUGAAGGCCCUGUCUGGAUGUCAAGGACAGGAGCUCAUCCGGCUGCUACUGGCUGCAGAAAGGAGGACGCUGAGCCCGGCUCAGAGGGAUGUCCUCUGGGCCAGCCUCCCAGAGUGCGGCCACCCAGGGCGGCUAAGGCUGGCCUUUGAGGAGGCCCGGAAGUGGGCCUCGUUCACUGUGCCAGUGCCCUUGGCCACCACAGCUGAGGAAGCCACUCACCAGCUCUGCAUCCGCCUGGAGGAGACCCACGGGCAGCUGCUGGUGGCCCACGUGCUGGGUUACAUUGUGUCUUCCAGGUACGGUCUCUCGGAGGCGGAGCUGAAGGACGUGUUGUCUUUGGAUGAUGAGGUCCUGCAGGUCGUGUACCGGGACUGGACACCGCCCAGCAAGGAGCUCCUGCGCUUCCCACCCCUGCUGUGGGUGCGGCUCCGCCGGGACCUGGGACACUGCUUGACUAGGAGGCCUGUGGAUGGUUGCACGCUGCUGGCCAUCGCGCAGAGACAGCUGUCCAAGGUGAUCCAGGUUCGAUACCUGUCUGGGACUGAGAGAUCCAAGAGACACGGCGUGCUAGCUGAAUUCUUCUCUGGAGCCUGGAGCCAGGGCACCAAGAAACUCAUCACCUUGCCACUCGUGGGGAAGCCCCUAAACCUGGACCGCAAGGUGGCCCCGCAGCCACUGUGGUUCUCAGGCACAGUCGCCAACCGGAGGAAGCUGACAGAACUGCCCUUCCAUCUGCUGCACGCGGGCCGCAUGGAGGAGCUGAAGCAGGAGGUGCUGGGGAACAUGAGCUGGAUCUCCUGCCGGGGCAUCUCUGGGGGCAUUGAGGACCUGCUGGACGACUUUGACAUGUGUGCCCCUCACAUGGACUCUCCUGAGGUUGUUCUGGUCAGAGAAGCCCUCCAGCUGUGCCGCCCUGCUGUGGAGCUCCGGGGCAUGGAGAACAGCGUCCUGUACACCGAGCUUCUGGCCAGGCUCCUUUUCUUUGCUACGUCGCAUCCAGCGAUGAUCGGGCAGCUGUGCCAACAAGCCCAGAGCUGGUUCCGUGCCUGCCCACACCCAAUGCUGGUGCCCCUGGCAGGAUUCCUACAGCCACCCGGGGGACCGCUUCGAGCCACUCUCACUGGGUGUCACAAAGGCAUCACCGCCGUAGCAUGGAGCCUGGAAGAGAAGCUCCUGGUGGUGGGCACCCAGGAUGGCGUCAUGGUCGUGUGGGAUGUGGAGGAACAACAGGUGGUCCACGUUCUAACAGGACACACAGCUGAGGUGAGGUGCAUUCAAGUGUUUGCCCAAGGGACUCUUGCCAUCUCUGCGUCAAAGGACCAUACCCUGCGCCUGUGGAGCCUGCUCUCUGGCCAGGAGAAAGUCACCAUUUUGGACAGAGGCUCAGCAAAUCCCACAGAGCCUCAGAGCUGGGACCUCCACGUGGAUGAGAUAAAGAAAGUCGUAUACCUGACAUCUGGUGCAAAGAUCAACGUGUGGAGUCUGGAAACCGCGAAGCUGGUUUUCUGUGUCCCGGGAGAUGCCUCCGAUCCCUGGGCCUGUGUGGCGGUGCUGGCUGCCCAGGGCAUGCUGUUCACUGUGUCCAAGGGUGGCCAGGUCAGUCGGUGGAACUCAGCCACGGGGAAACUGCAGGAGAAACGGCAGUUGUCCAGCAUCAAAGAGGAGAUGCCCACCUGUGCCGUCUCCAUCCAGACACGGGCAAAGCUGGUCACUGGUUUCAGCAGCGGCUCCAUCUCCCUGGUUUCCUCUGGAGAAGACAGGCUGCUGGAGAAGCUUCCGGAAGCCGUGGGGUUCCUGGUGGUGUCUGCAGACGACUCCGUUCUCGCCGCAGGCUUUGGAAGAUCUGUGCGGAUUUUCUUGGCUGACUCACAAGGCUUCCACCGGUUCAUGGCCACGGAUCUAGAACACGAGGAUGUGGUGGAGACAGCAGUUUUGGGGCCUGAGAACAAUGUGAUCAUCACUGGCUCCCGGGAUGCACUCAUCCAGGUGUGGAGUCUGUCAGAACAGGGGACCCUGCUGGACGUCCUGGAGGGCGUGGGCGCCCCUGCGAGCCUGCUGGUCAGGAGUGGGACUCUGGUGGUGUCUGCAUCCUACAAGUCUUCAUCUUUAAAAGUCUGGGAUCUCAGGUCCACUCAGAAGCCGAGGUCUCCUGCUCCCUUUCUGGACCGCACAGGCCUGGCUGCGGUGUCCCAUCAUGGCAGCUACAUCUACUUCCCCAAGGUCGGGGACAAAAACAAAGUCACGAUUUGGGAUUUGGCAGAAGGUGAGGAGCAGGAUUCCCUGGACACGUCCAAUGAGGUCCGGUGUCUGGAAGUGGCGGAGCAGGCUAAGCUCCUCUUCACAGGCCUGGUUUCGGGGAUCGUGCUUGUGUUCCCCCUGAAUUCCAGGCAAGAUGUGCUGUGCAUCCCCCCGCCCGAGGCCCGCAAGGCUGUCAACUGCAUGUCCCUGAGCAAGAGCGAGGAGCGGCUGGCCAUCGCCUAUGACAACACCGUCCUGGUGCUGGACAUCAGCCCCGGGGACCCAUGUCCCGCCAUCGAGGGCCCCACCUACACCUUUUACACGCAGCUGCCCGAGACCAUAGCAAGCGUGGCUGUGCUGGCCGACUACCGCGUGCUCUACGGCAUGACUGACGGCGGCCUCUUCCUGUACGACUGCACACGGUCCCAAGUGUUCCCCCUGGAGGCUCACAGGAGCAGGGUGAGCUGUGUGGAGGUCAGCCACGGGGAGCAGCUGGCAGUGAGCGGAGCCGAGGAUGCGCUGCUCUGUCUCUGGGACCUGCAAGCUUGCAGGGGGAUGUUCGAGAUGUUUUAUGAGAGCUCCUACUGCAGAGGGGUGCGGUGUGCCUGCUUCUCCAAGGACGACAAGUACGUUUUUGCGGGCAUGAAGGACCGCUCCAUCAUCGCCUGGAGUGCGCUGGACGGCACCCUGCUGGCCGUCCAGUUUGUCCACGCUGUGGUCAACCGAAUCAUCCCCACCUCCAAUGGCUUCAUGGCCCCCACAAGCCACGGCUAUCUCAUCAGAGAACGCUUCCAGUGCCCAUCGGCCAGAGCCUCCCAGCAAGACCCUCUCAAGAGCUUCAAGAAGGCAGUGUGGUUGGUCAAGACCAGGCAAAGGGAAGAGCAGCUGGCUGCAGCAGAGGCCUCCCAGGACACAGGAUCAGUGGCCGAGGAGGAAAAGGAAUCGAAAUCAAAUAAGCGCUCACAGGUCUGCCUGAUACUGUGAAGGCCCACGGAGCCCAGGAAUGCAGCGGGUUAGCCUUGACUCAUCUGGUUGAAGCCCUGUGGACCCCAGGCCACCCUCUGACAUCUUCCGUUUUCCCCACCUCCUUUUCUGUGGGGCUCUCAGACCUGCCCCUCUCAGGUAGCAGCCGCCUCGAUCUCCCACCCUAACCCACAACCUUGGAUCAAAAGCCUUGGCUCUGCCUCUGUUGGUCCCAGUGGACACAACUCUCAUCCUGAGCCAAUCGCUGGCUCCGGGAGGAUAGGCAAUCACUGUGGGGACCACGAGUGACCCAUUGGAGAGCAACACUGUGUGGCAGACAGUGACAGACUUCGGGGACGUGGAGGGCACUGUCCUGUCUUGGAUGGCAGUGACCAUCCAGCUGCAGCCCAGAAUCCACAUGGCAAAGCCAGCCUGUGUUACAGGUCUUUCCUUUUCUGUAUGUGAAGCUAGAGUCCUGGACUGUCUGUCACACCACGCACACGCUCGCCCUUUUGAAAGUGGUGAUUGGCACACGUGGUCACAGUUAGCCUGUCUGUAGCUCCUGCUCUGACUGAGACUCGAAAUGUAUGCACAAAAUCCACUCUAGAUGGUUGGCAGCUUAGUCUUCAAUCCCAGCACUCAGGAACCGGAGACAGGCAGAUUCUUGUGUGUUCAAGGCCAGCCUAGCCUAGAGUGAGUUCCAGGACAGCCAGAAAGAGAUCCUGUAGAAAAAAAAGAAGAAGAAGAAGAAGAAGAAGAAGAAGAAGAAGAAGAAGAAGAAGAAGAAGAAGAAGAAGAAGAAGAAGAAGGGAAGGAAGGAAGAAAAAAGAAAAAGAAUCCACGUGGGCUAGGGCUGGCUCAGGGCUUAAAGCAUCUGCAGUCCCGGUGUGAGAACUAGAGACCUCUCCAACCCUCUGAACCCUUCAGGCUCAGCCCCAGAAUGUAGAGACAGGCUCGGUUCAUUCUGCUGCUGUGACAGAAACACUCUGACCAAGAGCAACUGCAGGGAGGCACUUCCAGGCCACAGGCCACCAGUGAAGGAAGCAGGGAAAAAACUCAAGCAGGGACGGAACAGGCUGCAGGCUAUUGCGCACAGCAUGACCUCUGGCCAGGGGAUGCACUGGCCAAGGAAGGUCAGCAGUGUCCUGGUCACUGUCCUGUUGCUGUCAAAAGGCAACUCAUUUAAAAAGAAGCAUUUCAUUGGGCUGGCUUACAGUUUCAGAGACUUAGUCCAUUAUCACCAUGGCAGGGAGCAUGGAGGCAUGCAUGGCAGGCAUGGUGCUGGAGAAGGAACUGAGAGAUAUAUUAUGAUCUGCAGACCGACAGGCAGAGAGGGAGAGAGAGGGGGAGAGAGAGAGAGAGAGAGAGAGAGAGAGAGAGAGAGAGAGAGAGGGAGAGAGACUGGGCCUGGCAUGGACCUUUGAAACCUCAAAGCCUACCCCAUGAUACUUCCUCCAACAAGACCACAUCUAACCACUGUAAUCCUUUCAAACAGUUCCACUGCCUGGUGGCCAAACAUUUGAAUAUAUGUCCCUACUGGAGUCAUUUAUUCAAACUGCCACAAGCAGGAACCAUGGAGGGUGCUGUUUCUGGCUUUCUCUGGAUCAUUAGCUUUCUCAUGUAGCCCCAGAACCACCUGCCCAGGGAAUAGUGCCACCCACAACGGGUUCCCGCCUACAUCAACUAACAGUCAAGAUAGUCCCCCAUGGAAGAGCCCAUAGACCAAUCUGAUCUGCGUAAUGCUUCAAUUGGGACUCGCUUGUCAGGAGACUCUAGGCUGUGUGAAGUUGACGGUUAAAGCUAACUAGGUCACAGAGGAUCCUGAGCAUUCUGGCUAGCUAAGCUAGACACAUCUUCGAGUUCUGGGUUUGAUUAAGAGACCCUGCCUCAGUGAAUAAGGUGGAAAAGGAAUCAAGGACAAUUCCUGACUCAACCUCAGGCCUCCUUCCACAAAUACACACGCACGCACACACACACAGUCUUAUCAGACCUCCACAAAUGCAUAC